AUGUGGCACUUCCUUGAUCUAAACCACGAUCAAAAGCUCGAACGAAGACGACUACUAGAUCUCUAUGGCGCACUGGCUCAGGUCUCUGCUCUGAUUCCUCUUGCUCUUCUUCAGGUCUACUUUCUAGGCAUCUGGCUCCGGCGAAAAUGGUCGAGAAAACACGAAGACGCCAUACCAAGCUCACCACAUCUAAAGAAGCAGCAUAUAGAUGCAUUCAAAGGGCCUGCGGCAAGCUUUCAGAGUGUCCGGGACAAGGCCGUCUGGUGGAUGAGUGAUGCAUAUGAUGUCUGGCGAUCUCGCGUCACGAAAGGAGAGAUGGUGGCAGGUGCGGUGUGGACAGCAUGGCUAAUCUUCUUGAGUUGCGUUCAAACACAAGGUGAUUAUCUGCACUUGACGAAGCGAUUCGGCAUUGUGGGUGCCUCGCAGCUGCCAUUGCAGUAUCUCCUCGCCUUCAAGUCACCGUUCAGCCCCAUCCAACACCUCACUAGAUGUUCCUGGACGACACUUAAUUCCGCCCAUCAGGUUUUGGGUCGGAUCUCGACCAUUCUCUUCUACUUACACGCAGGCUUCUAUCUCAACUUCUUCAUCCAAGCACAUGUUUUGGCAAAACGUAUCAAAGACUGGGACGUCAUACUCGGACUUGUGGGAACGAUUGCAUUUACAGCCGUAGGCACGACUGCGCUUUCGCCUCUUCGCAGACUGAGUUAUCGUGUCUUUUACACUACUCACGUUAGCCUGGCUAGCAUUUUGCUGCCCGUACUCUACUUUCAUGUUCACCACAUCCGCAUCUACAUUAUUGAGACGGUGGUAGUGUACGUGGUGCAUUUAGUGCUACGUAUAUUCAACGAAUACAAAGUGGAGGGCUCCUUGACCUUGGUUCCUGGAACGGCCAAUUUACUCGAGAUCAAUAUCCCGAUACUCGCAAAAUCAAAGCAAAAGUCGAUCAUGGAAUGGCAACCAGGCCAACAUGUCUACAUUUCUCUGGCGCAGGGUCCAGCAUACAUGCGAUCGCUCAAAUCAAGGAGUCCGUUCACCAUUGCCUCACUACCAUCUGAAGACGGCAAUCUUAAAUUGGUGGCCAGAGUACUGGAUGGGAACACGGCUGCUCUUGCAAAGGCUGCGACAGAAGGUACGACUGGAAAGGCUUCUUCCACGCCCCUCAUUUUGGAAGGACCAUAUGGCUUAUCGACACAUUCAAAUACCUUGCUCGAGUACAACCGUGUCGUGUUCAUAGCUGGUGGUGUGGGUGCAACGUUUAUAUUGCCACUCUACAGAACAUUACUCAAGGAUCUCUCACCAAGUCCUGGAAGCCGUAGAAGGCAGAAUGUUGCCUUUGUGUGGGUAGUCAGGGAUGAAGCAGAGACAAGUUGGGCGGUACCCGAAGACGAACCUGAAACGAAGGGCAUGCAAGAGCGCAUGUCCGUUUAUGCCACCAAGACCGGUAGAAUGAACAAUGACGAGAACAAGACUGAUGAUGCCGACGAUGGUAUCGAGCUUGAGCGACUGUUGCCUAGUGGUGGCAUCAACGACUCCGUGCAAAAAUGGCAAGUAUACCCAGGUCGCCCUGACUUGGGCGAAAUGAUAGAUGGCGUGUUUAGUCACACGCGGUAUGACACCAAAGUGGCAGUGCUCGUCUGUGGGCCAAGGUCGAUGGCAGAUGAGGUCAGGAAGAAGAGCAACAAGUGGGUUGGCAAGCGAGAUUUUUGGUUGCAUGUCGAGACUUUUGGAUUGUAA